UCCCAGUCUAGUCGGAUGACGGACGUUAAAGGAAGACGUUCAGACACACGGGUCACACCUCAUUCGGCUCAGCCACCGAAAAUUUAAAUUACACAUUUUUUUAAAAAGCUCAUUUUUUAAUUUUUCCGUAAUUAGCUUCGAUAAUUACACGAUUUUUUUAUAAAUCCUCAUGCUAAUUUGAAUGUCUCUUGCAGAAAUAAUUUGUGGAGCACAUGCUAUUUAAAAUAGUGACAAGUGUCAGAUUGACGUGUUAAUUUUAAUUUUUUUUCUAAUUAUCAAUUAAUUUAAUUAUUUUAAUUUUCAUCCAAAUGCAGGGUAAAAAAUCUACAGGAUUUAAAGUUAAUAAGGAAUAUUUUUUUCAAUUACUUCCUGGAGGAAAUUUAAAAUUUUUAUUUUUUAUUACAAGUGAUUAUUUUUAUUUUUAAAAUAAAUAAAUAAUCCGACAAAUGAAACUGAUGGGUAGAAAAUUAAACGACAGUUAAAAGUGAAUUUAUUAAAUAAUUGUUUUUGAAAAAUAUAAAAAUUUUCAUUUGAAUGAAGUAAAUGUCAAAAGUGUGAAGUAACAAUUAGUAACCGCAAACAAUCACAAACAUUAAAUGUAUAUUAAACGAAUAACCACAGCGCAAAUUUAAUUUUCAUUUAAAUCAGCUCGAAAAAAAUAAAAAAACUUUAUCUGAAAUUCAUUAAAAGACAAACUGAAUAUAAAAGUUGAUAGAUGUAAAAAAUGUCGAGAAAGAGAGCAAGAGCUGCUAAAGGAUUCGAUUAAAUCUACAAGUCGCUGAUGCAUUUGUAAGCGGAUUAGCGAAAUGGUACUUGUGCUCACUAGUGUCAUUGGUAAAAGAAAUUACACGUACCUGUUAUUUUAAUUAAAUUUAUCUCGGAAAUUCUCCGCUGACAAUAGCAAUAGUGUAAAUUACACGGCAGCAUAACAAAGAUGUAUGAGUUUAAAUAAAUCUCGGGAUGCUUUCAACGGGUGAAAAAAAUUUUUUUACCGUAAAAUAAAAAUAAUUGCAGUGUAAAAAAUUUCUAGCGAUUAACGGAGCGAAUUUAAAAUGUCAGCAUGUCGUAUUGCUGUCGAUUGCGGGGUCGGUGGUGGAGGCGGUGGUACGACACAGGCAAUGAAAUUUAGUUUUUAUAUCCAUGUAUUCUGAAUGGCAAUCGCCUCUGAAUAAAAUAAAAGCGCUAACGUGUGGGCUUGGUAAAAAAAAUAUCGUACAAACGGCAACUGAUCUUGGUCCUAGAUGUCUAAAAAAAAACCAACCGGGACCGGAUAUCAAGUGAAGAUGGAAUAAAAUUAUAAAUAACGGGAAUAAAAGUAGCCAGAGUGCAAAGGGGCGCUUGGGAUGCUUCAAUGCAUUGGCUAGUAUCGUAUGGAGGGGAAGGAAUUGAAUACGGAAACAACUUGGCUACAGACGCCGACUACAACCCAAGACCCCGAGGACCUUUUUCAGGGAUUCCCAGGAAAAAAUUCCUCAUUCACAGCUCUUCAGGCAAUAGCAAUAGCCCUGAUACUGGGCGUUAUCGUGAUAGGAACGGUGAUAGGUAACAUUUUGGUCUGUGUGGCGGUAUGCCUUGUCAGAAAGCUGCGGCGACCCUGCAACUACCUACUUGUCAGUCUUGCGGUGAGUGACCUCUGCGUUGCUAUUUUGGUGAUGCCGAUGGCCCUUCUCUACGAAAUACUAGGCAGCUGGUCAUUUGGUCCCAUUUUAUGCGAUCUAUGGGUCAGCUUCGAUGUGCUCAGUUGCACAGCCAGUAUUCUCAAUCUUUGUAUGAUAUCUGUAGACAGGUACUGGGCUAUAACAAAACCCCUAGAAUAUGGGGUAAAGAGGACACCACGGCGUAUGAUAACAUGCGUUGGAUUAGUCUGGUUGGGUGCUGCAUGCAUAAGUCUUCCGCCACUGCUAAUACUCGGGAACGAGCACAAAUUCGUAAUGGGCGCUUGGCACUGUGAUGUCUGUCAAAACUUUGGCUAUCAGAUUUACGCGACUCUCGGUAGUUUUUACAUUCCGCUCUUCGUUAUGAUCCAAGUAUACUACAGAAUAUUUUGCGCGGCUCGUAAAAUAGUCCUGGAAGAACGACGAGCUCAGCGUCACCUUGAGGCGCACUGCAACUUGGAGAUAGAACCGCCCGUGGACCACACAAGUAUUAUUAAUCGACCGCUUAAUACAGACAGUCAAACUGCACACAACACUCCAACGAUCAAACAACACCGCAGCUCAAGCGCUUCGACAACGUGUAGUGGGCAUGCAGUAAAAUGUUUCGCGGGUGGUCCCAGAAAAAGUAACGAGUCGCAGUGUCCGAUGUUAAUAAAGACUGAAAAAACGGUUGUCUCGUCAUCGACAACGCUAACAAACACACCUGGCAACAACAAGUCAACAACAGUAAGAAACCAUUUGAAUAGUACCUGCAGCGUAUCAAGUUCUUCGCAUCAGAAAAAGCUCCGGUUUCAAUUGGCCAAGGAGCGCAAAGCCAGCACAACCCUCGGUAUCAUAAUGACUGCCUUCACCGUAUGCUGGUUACCAUUUUUUGUUCUUGCCCUAGUUAGACCCUUUCUAUCAGAUCCUAAGGCUAUUCCUAAAUCCCUGUCAAGCCUUUUUCUUUGGCUCGGCUAUUGUAAUAGCCUGCUCAAUCCUAUUAUCUAUGCCACCCUCAAUAGAGACUUCCGCAAACCCUUUCGUGAGAUACUCUGCUGCCGGUGCAGUAAUCUCAAUAACAUGAUGAGGGAGGAAUUUUACCAAAGUCAAUACGGUGAUCCUGUUAAUAAUUAUGUUAUUAAGCCUUGUGAUGAUAACAAUGACGAUAACGAUGACGACAGCGAGCAGCCUGGUGACAAUCAUGCCUGCGAAUCUGUCAGUCUCGCUGUCAAUCCUGCUAAUGAGAGUUUUCUAUGAUCAACAUCAUUUUAAAAAAAUUAACUCCCGGUAAAUUUAAAUAAAAUAAACUCGCGCAUUUAUUUUCGGACCCACAAAUACGUAUUAGACAUAAAUAUAUAAUGUAUAUCUCUGUCUCUUCGUUACCUGAAACAAAAACAAUGUGCAUAUCUCUACACAUAUUGCGGAUUUUUAUUUUCACAAAACUCGUUUUUAUAAAACCCGACAUUUUUAAAAAUUAAUUAAUGACAAAAGAAAACAAUGAAUUUAAAAUGAAUUAAGUUUUUAAUUAAAGUUACGAAAGGGACAUUUUUUUAUAUUUGCAUUUUUAAAUUUAUUGCCGGUAAUAUUUUUACCCAGGCCACUUUUAACAAACAAAUGUACGGACUAUCGAAUCAAUACAAAACAAUUACUUGAUAAAUUAAAUUUUUCAUCAGCAAACAAACUUUUGUUUGGUUUAAUUAGAUGAAAUAGAUCUUCAAUUACAUUACCGAGGUAAUAUUUUAUGAAUUACGUGAAACUAAACACUUUUUUUUUUAUCUCUAUUGUUGCUGGUAGAAGAAUAAAAAAGAAUAGAACUGAAGAACAAGAAAGAGUUAACCAAUCUGGCAAGUAUCGGGUUUAAAAUUACUCUAAAGUAAUUAAAUUAAUUAUUUAAAAGUUUUUGUUACCGCGAAAGUAAUUACCGCGAAUUAUUAUCAGCGGUGAGUUUAAAUUCCUUUGAUAAAUGAAACAACAAAUAAAGAAAAUUAAAAACAACUAAUUAGAGAUAAUUUUAUUAUUCAAAUUUAUUUAUUACUUCGGAUGUAAUUGUUGAUUAUUUUGAAAAUUUAGUGCUUGGUAACGAGAGAUCACUCGAUAGAUAAUUAAAAAAUUUAAUAAUUAACUGAGUGUCGACGUUAUGAAAAUGAAGACGAUAAAUCUCGAGGCACAAAAUUUGAGGUAAAAAUGAUAAAUUAAAUAAAUAAAAGUUAUUACACUUAUCAGGUACAUGUGAAGAGGAUAAGGAUUACAUGAAUGCCUGUGGGUAAGCUCUAUUGAAUGAAAUUACGGUCAUACAAACGUAUAUUCACAAAUCCUACCGCGCGUUGAUAGCAAACUAUUUAAAAGAAAUAAUAAUAAUAGUAAUAAAUAAAUAAAUAAAACAUUUGUGAGUAGUUGUUCAGUAUAAUGGAGAUUGCUCGCUUCCGAUUUAAUUGUUAAUUAAAAUAAAAUUAUAAUUAUUAAAUUUUUUAACUUUAUUAUUUUUCACCAUACACGGAAAUCUAUGAGUUUUUAUUAUGCUGUCGGCGAAACUUGAAACAGGAAGUUGAGUUGCCAAAAAAUGAUUACGCUACACGAUAAAAAAUACUAUAUACUUAAAACUUAUUGAUAAAUUCUAGUUGUAAGGGAUAAUAUUUGUCUAAAUUAGGAAUUAUAGUAGAAACUAAAUAAUUUUUAGAGGCUCAAUAAUAAUUAUAGUGCAGCAUAAUAAUUUUUUGACGACUAAACUUCCUGUUUCGAGUUCGGUCGACAGCAUAAUAAAAAUUCGUAGAUUUCUUGAGCCGUUUUUCUCCGUGUACCCGCACUGAAAGUUUGACUUCCUGCCCUGUUUAGAAAGAAAAUCGUUCUUUUCUUUUAUGGAAAAAUGAAUGAUAAAAAUUAGCGCGUGCGCCAUUCUUCCCAGGCAGAAGUUUAAACUUUCAGGUGCAGGUCUGGUGAAAAAUCGCAUACACACACGUAGGAACUUAGGACGCGGGUUGCAAUGUCGUACUUUCCUCCCUUGGUGUGGAAUCUACUGGUUCUGACUGACUGACACUGAAACUUCCAAUGCAGGUGAUCACGAAAACUCUAGUGUCUCAGGAUGAAACACGAUUUCGACUGUGGGUGAUGUCAGCCAACUUCACUCUGGUCAAAAAUCGUUUUGUUUCAUCCCUUGUCGCACAAUAUACUAUUAAUUGUGAGCGGGCAUCAUCACUGACAUAAAUGUCGUAGUAAUAUUUUUCAAUAUCGAGAAGAAAUGUCGAUACACCUUAAAAGUUUCUUUUUUUUUUUUUUUUUUGUAUCUCAUAUAUUCUAAAAGUUGGCCUCAACGCCAGGUCUGAGUGUACUCUCAUCACAUAAAUCUUUUUAUAUACAUGCAGGUAUUGAAAACUUGGUCUCGGUACAUCUUCCACGCUCAUGUAACGCAUAGAUUAAUAGACUAUAUUCAUGAUAGAUUAUAUAAUGUACUUAUAAAGUUAUUUAAGAAUCAUAAUAAAUAAAUAAAUUAAGAUACUAAAA